AUGGUAACCGUUAUUGUGGAAUCCAGUCUGUUUCUGGAUUUAUUUCUUUAUGGCCUCAUUGUACCCGUGCUCCCAUUUAUCCUGAAGGAUAGACUUCAUUUGCCGGCAGACCGCCUCCAGAUAUCAGCAAGUAUCUUAUUGGCCUCGCAUGCGGUUGCCACUUUCUUUACUGCGCCACUCAUCGGCCUUUCCAUCGAUGGCUCCAUGUCACGAAGGCAUGGAUUCUUACUUGGACUGGUCGUCACUCUUGGUGCCACCGUGUUUCUCUGUUUUGGUAAUAGUUUGUGGCAGUUGAUCAUCGCGCGAUUGCUCCAAGGGGCCAGUGCAGCCAUCGUCUGGAUUGUUGGUUUGGCCAUCGUUACUGAUACUGUGCCACAGGAUCAUCUGGGAAAAGCCUUGGGUACCGUGUAUAGUGCCACAACGCUAGGUGCAUUGUUGUCUCCAACUAUUGGUGGUUUGGUCUACACCAAAUUCGGUUACUACUCGGUUUAUUAUCUCGCGGGAGCACUUCUAUCAGUGGACAUUGUGCUCCGGAUGAUCGUGAUUGACAAAGAAGAAGCCAUCACAUUCGUCGACUGCGCAGCGGCAGGUCCUCAACUUGCGCCAAUGGAGACGGGUGAACGCUCGCUCUUGCUCGGCCCAGCCGAAACCUGCCGGCCGGAUGAACCGCCACGGCUCAUGCAGCAUGAUGAAGAAGAACGGCACCAGACUUCGAAGUCUGGUGCCGUUCGAUUCGGCUCGCCAAAACACUGCUGUCCAAUCAUCACCAUCCUCCCCGACCCGCGAUUGCUCGCCGCAACCUUCGUCACGUUCACUCACGCCUGUCUCGUCGGAAUGUUCAAUGCAACUCUGCCGAUUCAUGUGCAGAAAGUAUUCGGAAUGUCUUCGCUAGAAUCCGGGUUAUUGUUCAUAGCCAUAGAGCUACCUUAUGUCUUCUGCGGCCCUGCGAUUGGAUGGUAUGUGGACUACGCCGGACCGCGAGGCCCUGCCAGUCUGGGCUCGCUUCUAUUAGUCCCGUCGAUUUUCCUCCUCCGCUUUCCCAAAAUCAUGCAGGACCUUCCGUUCUUGAUUUUCCUUUUGGCUCUCAGCGGCACGGGUCUUUCGGCGGCCAGCUCGUCGGCGUUUGUCCAAGCCAACAAGAUCGGCCGAGAACGGCAUGUGGAGAACCCGAUUCUGUUUGGGAGCAAAGGACCCUACGGACAGCUCUACGCCCUCAACAACAUCUUGUACAGUUUGGGUAUGACUGUCGGACCCUUAGUAGCUGGCGCCCUCAGCAAUUGCUUCGGCUAUGGGAACGCUAUGGCCGUCAUGGCUCUUCAGGCGCUUUUGGCCGCUAUCAUCUCACGCACAUGGAUGGAAAGAUAA